UUUUCUAGUGAGCAGUCUACUUUGCUGAUAUAUCUAAAUAUAUAAAUACUUCUGCAUGAGCAUAAUGCUGCAUGUGCCUGUUGUUGUAAACAGGUUUCUUGUGAAUUUUAUUAUGUAUGACUCCGUUGACCUUCACUUUUCCAUUGUAUAGUGCUGUCUUCUAUUUAGUUAUGGUAGUGGGCUUUAUCAAAUCAGCAUGGAGAGUAGGCAUUCUCUUUAUUGAAAGCUACAAUCUUCCUGCCUAAAAUUUUCAACAUAUUCUUUUAUUUAUAGAGUGGUCUUUUGCAAAAUGAGAAGACGAGAACUUCACUCUCAAACACGACAGAGCCUUCCUGUUGUCGAUGGCCAAUCGUGGGAAGGACACCAACGGUUCACAGUUUUUCAUGUGAGUAACAUUCACUAAAACAAUUCUCUCUGCAACAUAAUAACCAUACCAUUUAAUUGUGUCAUUUUUAAUCAAGUUUUGUUUUUUGCUUUCUGUCCCCUCUGUUUUGAAACUGUAGAGUAGUAUUUGUCAUUGAGUGUGACGUCACCAAUCCCCUCUCUGUGUGCAGUUAGAAUUCAAAGUGCAGAGAAACAUGGAUUCGUUCUUUUUUAUCUACAAAUGUGUUACAUUUUAUCUCUUGCCGUUUUUGUGUAAAAUUUACAGAAACUCUAGCAUCCUGCUCUUCCAAGGUAAUGUGUCUCCAAGGCUGUGUUUCUCUCUCUCCUGACUGUAUUUAUCAUUCAGUAGUUUGUAUUUGCAAACAUUCUGCAGAGUACAGUGUUUAUUUUGGACAUGUUGAAACAGUAUUCACACAUGGCUUAAGUUGACUCAUGUUAUUUGGCUUUGUAGACUUCCUUUAUCACUAAAACAGGUUGUCACCAUAAUUUGGAAAUUUCCUCUGUGUGUAAAAACUCAUUAAACAUAAAGGAGGAAAUGUAUACAGCCUGUCUCUGUAUGACCCAGAUAUUGUAUUGUAACUGCCCACACUCUUUUGCUGAGUGUAUACCUGCCCCUUUGUGGCUGUUUUUAGUAUUUCAUAAAUUGAUUUGCAAUUUAAUAUAAUUAAACAAAGGGUGGUCUUACAAAUGCUGUACCUUUUUUGAGAUGGUACAGUAGCACCCACGCUUUGUUGAAGUUAAUUUUUUGUUCUCAUUUUUUUCCUCCUUUUUCUCCUUUUUUCAUGACCCCUCCUCUCCCACUGGUUGAUCUUCCCUGCAUUGCUGGAUUUUCCACAAACAGCACGACCAAGAUGGCACCACAUCUCGAUGGAGUCCACGUCGUCUUUGGUCUUGUCAUCUCCGGCUUCGAAGUGAUAAAGAAGAUCGAGGGGCUGAAGACUGAUUCAGCCAGCAGGCCCUACGCUGAUGUGAGAGUGAUGGACUGUGGUCAGCUGAUCACUAAGUCUGCGAAUGACGUACUUGAAGGCAAGAGGAAACGAACCUCCCAUUCUGCCAACUCAUCCCUCAACUCCCAUGACUCGUCGUCUCAGUUGUCCUCUUCAGUUGAAUCUGAAAGUGAAUCUGAUGAAAAGCACAAACAUCGCAAGCACAAGAGACAUGCAAAGAGUAAACGGUCAAAAAAGAAAAAGAGGGAAUCAAAGAAGGAGAAGAACACUGAUGUUCUGCCUUUCAAGCAAAGUUCUGUGGAAAGACAGAUGCCAGAGGGAGAGAAUGAUGUGGAAGGAGAGAAGGAGCAUGGUGGGAAGAGAGAGAAGCCCGUAGUCCGACCAGAGGAAAUCCCACCGGUGCCAGAGAACCGCUUCCUGCUGCGCCGGGACAUGCCAUCUCAGGAGGAUAAAACUGAGAUAGUUGAGAAAGAAGAAUCGUCUGUUUCAGCUGACCAGAAACCAGCCGUGUCGAAGUCUGGACGGAAGAUUAAAGGCAGAGGGACAAUGAGAUAUCACACUCCCACAAGAUCUAAAUCCCGCUCUGCAUCUGUGGAAGAACGUGGUAGCAGUGAAACUCCGCCACACUGGAAAGAAGAGAUGAAGAGAACCAAAGUUUAUCAGCCACCAAGUAUCGAGAGAUGGAGCAAAGGAGACAAAUUGAAUGACCAUUCCUCAAGCAGAUGGGACGACAGAAGUGACUCGGCAUGGUCCCGAUCUGCAGAGCACUCCUCAGACCGCAGCUCUGAGAGGUCCAGCCUGCGCCGCCAGCAGAAGAAAGAGAAGAAGAAAGCCAAGCACAAGAAGAAGGCCAAAAAACGGAAGCACAGCAAGAAGAAGAGCUCUAAGAACAAACCUCAAGAGACGUACCUGUCAGAGGGUGAAAGGUCAGUGUCUUCAGGAAGAAAGUCCAGAAGAUCCCGCUCUCUGUCUCGCUCCUCUUCAAGUCAGCGGCAUUCAUCAGCUCGGAGGAGGCAGCGGUCCUCUGUGUCUGUCAGAGACUCUCGAUCCUACUCUAGAUCCUACACGUCCAGUCGAUCCAGAUCUCGAGGGAGGUCUUACUCGAGAUCCAGAAGCCUGAGCAGAUCUAGAAGUCGGUCCCUGUCCAGGUCUUCGUCCUAUUCUAGAUCCAGGUCAAGAUCAAGAUCCAGGUACAGAUCCAGGUCUGUGUCUCCAUCCAGAAAGAGGAGUUCUUCUAGAUCUCCAAGAAAGAGGAAAUCCAGCAAGACCAAACCAGACACCAUGAUCCAUGUGACUGACAAGCUUCCUGAGAGCAAAGUGACACCUGUCCCCAGACUCCCAACUGUCCCAGCUCCUGAAAGUGUCCCUGUUAUCCCGCUUAGCGACAGUCCUCCCCCUUCACGCUGGAAGCCCGGGCAAAAGCCCUGGAAGCCCUCCUACAUCCAUAUUCAGGAAAUUAAAGCUAAAGUAGCUCCCAGUGCCCUCUCCUCUGCAGGACAAGGAGUUGGUAGUGUUACAGAGAAAGCUCAGGCUUCAAUUACGGCAAAGUCUCUGCCAGGUGACUCUGAGAGCGACAAAGCAAAGAAACCCGCUGGGCAUUCACGUAGCAGGUCUUCCAGGAGCAAGUCCUACAGCCGAUCAUACAGUCGCUCACGGAGUAGAAGUUACAGCAGGUCCAGGUCCAGGUCCCCUCGUCAGUAUGGCAGCAGGUCGUCGUCCUACAGCAGAUCAGAUUCUGAAAACUCCCAGAAAACAAGCAGCAAUAAGAAGAAUUCACUAGACAAGGAAUGGAAAGAGUAUUACAGCUCUCUGAAGAGGAUAAAAAAUGUAGAUAAGUACAUUUCACUCAGUAGUCAAGAUGCUCAUUCAGGAUCAGGGAACAGGGCAGGCAGUGAGCAUAGUCCUGAUAACAGCGUCUCAAGGAGAAGUGGCUCUGUGGAGAAAAUAAAAGAGAAGGGCAGCUCACAAGAUCAGGAGACAAAACAUUACAGCUCAGUGCCAGUGGAGAGCUUUAAUAGCAGGUCUGAAUGGGAUAGUGACAGUGAUAAAGUGAGCCAAAGCAAUAACAAUGUCCCAUCAAAAAAGCUGAAACAAACAGCUCCAUCCAGCGAGUUUGAGAAGAAGUUGGCGGCUCUUACAGGAUGGAAUUCAGAAAGCGAUUCUGAAAAUGCGACUGCCAGGGCAUUAGCCAUAUCUGAAAAAGAGGAAGGUGAGGCUAGUUCAGAAUCAGACGAUGAGACCUCCAAAAAGACGUCGGCGGUGAUGACUUUAGUGCAGAAGUUAGCUGCCGCUGCCGCGUCCAGCCCGUCGUCUCAGGAAAGUCCUGAGAAGGCCGCAGAGCCAGAGAAGCACAAGAGCAAGAAGAAAUCCAAACGCAAACACAAACACAAGAGGAGAAGUGAGAACAAAACUGGCUCCCAUCGUAGUAAGAGUAAAGGGAAGAGGUCGAAGAGGAAACAUCAGAAGCUGAAAGAGACUUUUCACUGGCAGCCACCUUUGGAGUUCGGAGAGGAGGAAGAUGAAGAUGAAUCCAAAAAGGAGAAGCACAGUCCUAGUACGGAUGGCAAAGAAAGGCCUGGUGGUGACAGUAUGAAUGAUAAGGACCAAAAUGUUGUUUCUUUGAACAAAAACCCAAAUAUGGAAGAAGACAGGGGGCAACAGAGGGCAAAAGAAGGUAUUAAUAAAACCCCAAAACAAGCCGAACCUCAUCAGUCAUCCAACAGGAAUGGUGCUGAAACUGCUAAUAAUGCUAAUUUCCCCAGUAUCAGAGAGCAAGAGUCAUUAGAUGACAUGGACAUUUGUACACCAGAGCAUGAUGUUGAAAUUGUAGAGCCUCCAAUUACACAUGAUUCUUUUAAUAACACCCCUGAAUUAACCCUAAAAUCUACCUCAAAGUCUUCAGUUAUGGCGAGUAAAGACAGCUCUUUACCUCACAGCAAAGAACAAUCAGCUGUUACCUCCACACCAACAGCUGGUGGACUUCAAGAUGAAGCAGCCGCUAGCAAACCUACCGGCUCUGUAAUUAAUUUUAAAUGGAGGCCUUUAAAAGGAAUGUCAGCUAUACAAAAUGUUAAUGUGCCACCCAUGGCCACAAAAAACAUCCAAAUUCAGGAGCACCAGAACACCAACACGCAAGGAGUAAGAAUGGAGAUAAAAAGCAAAAGCCGGGUCAGACCGGGAUCUCUGUUUGAUGAGGUUCGUAAAACAGCAAGGCUCAACCAGCGGCCGAGGAACCAGGAGAGCUCCAGUGAGGAAAGAUCCCCGUCUGUAGGAAAGACCAGGGGGACCUCUCGGACGCGGUCCCCAAAGAAGUCCAGGUCUGCGUCCAGGAAGUCUCGCUCCGUUUCCAGUCACCGGUCUCGGUCCAGAGGGUGGUCGCACUCGUACAGCAGGUCCAGGACUAGAUCCCGCAGCUCUAGCUACUCGUCCAGGAGUCGUAGCCGGAGUCGGAGGAGACAUGGAAGAGGACGGUCCCGCUCCCGCAGCAGCACAUACCGAAGUUACAGGAGUCACAGUCGGACGUACAGUAGAAGUCAUUCCAGAAGUCGCUCGUAUAAUCGCCGUCGGAGAUCCAGGUCAGACUCCUAUGACAGCUACUCCAGCCGGAGUCGGAGUGUGAGCAGGAGACGGGGGCGCAGACGAAGUGACAGCUACAGGAGCUCAGACCGCCGAUCCAGGUCGUACCGCUCCUCCAGUCGCAGUUCUUCCAGGCGCAGAAGCCACAGUCGCAGCAGCCGCUACAGCUGAACCUCAGGCAAGUUGUUGGGCUCAAUUCUGCUGAGGUGGAACAGAACCACAAAGUCUGGACACUGUGCACAAACAAUAGCAACAAUCGCAGACCAGAAACUAAAGCUACAAAAGGAGGAGUUAAUAGUUUAAUACUGUACUGUAUAUCCUCCCUACAUAAGCUGAUAUGACGGUCUAUGAGGAAGUGAAUGUCACUGAAUGUAAAAUAAACCACUUCACAAGCUCACACAAAGGCAGAUCCUUGACUUUAGGGACUGUCACAGCUGAGAACAACUGGGUCAAAAACUGACAAAAAGUCCACUCAAACAGAAAUUUUCUACAUGAAAUAUAUGCUAUUGCUUGCAACAAAUAAGCUGUAAAUAUUUUAUAUAAUUGUAUAUUUGUGUAUUCCUUUUCUACUUGUGAUUUUUAUACACUGAAGUGUACAAAUAUAUUGUACAUGUCUAAUCCUCUCAGCUCUGAUGUGUCUGAUGGGGUGGUGGUUAUGGGUUGAGGUUAUGCCUUAAGUUUAAGGUCAGCAAGACUGGAUUGAUUUUCUCCUCACUGAAUGGAAAACUAACAUUUUGUAGCAGAUUGAAGCUGUAAUUUCUCUUUGAUCCAUUAGUUUUAUUACUGUACCAUGAAAACUUUACUCAAAGUAGAGUAAAGUUGAUUUUGGUUUUAUUCAAACAGUUAUGAAUGUUUACACUUAAUAAAUUCCACUGCAUCUUGUGA